AAGAUAUUAAGAUAAUAAAAUUUCAACAAUUUAUAAAAUUAUUUUACGGAACCAUAUGAUGUUUUCACGCGACACAGUGUCACUUUUAUUUUCAAUUUGAAAUCUUAAACACGAAAAAGGAGUUAAGAGCACAUAUAAAAGUUCAUAACUUCAACCAGAUGAAUUCUAAUAUGAAACCACAUCUGUACCUGAUACUGUUAGGAAUACACACUGCAUGCUGCUUUUUAUUAGAUAGUUCUCAAGGAAGCGGUCAUAUUGGCGGAUGGACGGAUUGGAGUUGUGAGAAACAAGGAGAAUUUUGCUUUAAAAGUCGCAAAUGUCAUCCAACUGUUAAUUUCAAUUGCACAAAGACAAGUGAAAUAAAUAUUACAAGCUGCCCUUGUGUUGCAGAGUGGUCGCCUUGGGGCGGAUGGACCUGUCACACAGACCAAAGUGUUUGUAUAAAAUUACGCAAAAGAACGUGUAUAAGCGGAUUUAAAGAAAAUGAUUGCUUAAAUCUCCAAGGGGAUGACUAUGAAAUUGCUUUUUGUGAUGAGCAUUGCAACGGUAAGUUGUUAUUUGUGUUAUAA